CUGAGUUCACGGAGUCACGUGGACGCUGUCACGUGACCCUGCAGGACGCGUUGUGUGUUUACUGUGUUUUCUAUUCUGCUCUUUUGACAUCUCCGGUAUUAUGACACUGAAGUUAAGACAAGAACGGCAGGCAUCGGUAUGGCGAGCUCUCUGUCUAAAAAUCACCGAGAAGAGGACGCAGAAAAGGACAAGUUACUGACUUCUGUAACUGACCACAAUGCCAGCGGCCUCAACGACAGGACUCAUGGCAGCCAUCCUUCAUUGGAUGUCAUUGGCUCAUCGUCAUGGAAACAGGUGGAUGAGGAAGAGGAAGAGGCUCUGUGCAGAAAGCUGAAAUACUUCUUUAUGAGCCCAUGUGACAAGUACCAUGCCAAGGGCCGCAAACCCUACAAGCUGGUGUUGCAGCUGCUGAAGAUCGUCAUAGUAACAGUGCAGCUGGUGUUGUUUGGUUUGAGUAAUCAGAUGGUGGUGAUGUUUAAGGAUGAGAACACAGACUCCUUUAGGCAUCUCUUUCUGAAAGACUACAAGGACGACUCUGAUGGACUGGCUGUCCACACUCAGAGCGGAGUGUAUGAACACAUCAGCUAUAGCAUAGAGCAGUAUCUAGGUCUCACUAAGAACUCCGUCAGCAGGUAUGCAUAUGUGCUGGGUUCAGGAGUAAAUGGUAGCGCUCUUUCUCUGUGCCAGCGCUACUACAAGAAGGGCAGCAUUGACCCGGUGAAUGACACCUUUAAUAUCGACCCUCGCAUUAUAACUGACUGUAUAGGAGUGGAUCCCCCUACAGACCCUUCAGUUCCAAUCCCUGAAGACUAUAAGAACUUCACACUCAAAUUCCACAAGCUGAUAAAUGUAACCAUCAAAUUCAAGCUAAAGGCCAUUAAUAUCCAGAGUAUCAUCAACAACGAGAUUCCUGACUGCUACACCUUUUCUGUUACCAUCCUCUUUGAUAACAGAGCCCACAGUGGGAAAGUGAAGAUCAGUUUACGUAACAAGGCCGUCAUUAGAGAAUGCCGUGCAACCAGUGUGUCUGGACACAAAGAGAACUACUGGCGGGUGGCGUUUGAUGUCUUGGUGGCAAUAGUAUGUGGUCUCUCUCUGGCCCUGUGUGGACGCUCCAUACUCAGAGGAAUCGCCCUGCAGCAUGAGUUUGUACGGUUCUUCAGGGAGUCUCUGGGUCGUCAGGUGUGUUGGGCGGACCGGCUGGAGUUCAUUAACGGCUGGUAUCUACUCCUCAUCAUCAGCGACAUACUGACCAUCGUUGCUUCCUUCAUCAAGAUUGGCAUUGAGACCAAGAACCUGGCGUCCUAUGAUGUGUGUGGGAUUCUGAUGGGCACUUCAACUCUGCUGGUGUGGGUGGGAGUCAUCCGCUACCUCACCUUCUUCCAGAAGUACAAUAUCCUGAUAGUGACUCUGAGAGCAGCAUUCCCUAACGUGAUACGCUUCUGCUGCUGCGCCGCUGCCAUCUAUAUGGGCUACGUCUUCUGCGGCUGGAUCGUGCUGGGACCCUACCAUGCUAAAUUCCGCUCUCUGUCCACGGUGUCGGAGUGUCUGUUCUCUCUAAUAAACGGAGAUGACAUGUUUGCCACGUUCUCGGAAGUGGAGCGCAGUGGGGCGCUGGUGUGGCUUUUCAGUCAGCUCUACCUCUACACUUUCAUCUCUCUCUUCAUCUACAUGGUGCUGUCACUCUUCAUUGCCCUCAUCACCGGGGCCUACGACACCAUCACACAACAAGCCCAGGAGUCACCACAGGUGUCAGAUCUGCAUCAGUUCAUUGCGCAGUGCACAGACACGCCCACUUCAGGAAAGUUUCACAGCCCAGAGAACACAUCCUGCUCUCCCUUCUGCUGCUUCAACUAGCGAGGAAAGAGUGUGUGCCUGCGUGUGUGUUUGUGUGUGUGCAUGCGUGAGAGAGAGAGAGUAUGUAUGUAAGUUUGUGCUGUUAGGGUUUGUCUUGUCUUUGUAAAGGUGUGUAAAGCAGAGAGGGUCAUUCAGCCGCCUGUUAGAGCUCGUGUAAAUGUUUUACUUGUUUCUCAUGGAUUUCAGGACUGGUUGAGUUUUGCCUCGUCUUCACUUAAACUGUGUGAAACAGUGCCUCCUAGUGGCAGUGACAGUUACCUCUGCGCUCUUGUCAUCGUUGGUAUUCAUUCGGGGCAUUUAGGGACGUUUAUUUUAUAUAAUAUUUGCUUAAUUUUUUUUACUUUUGGUUCUUUAUUAUUUUUAAUUAAUUUAUUUAUGAAGUGAAUGUGCUGAGCACUAUUUGCACAAUUACAUUUUUAUUCUUGUAUUUGUUUUAUGUUGGUGUUGGUAAAUGAAGUAGUCACACAGUGUGUGUCUGACAGCUAAAUUACAAUGCAAGGCUAAAUUAUGUUGCUGUAUAUCAGCAGAGGGAUUUACUAUCACUGCAAAUCAAUGAAUGUCUGAUCAAUAUAUAGUACUGUCAGAGUCAGAGACCACCGUUUUGUUUAUUUCCCCCACUGAGUACAAGUUACUCAGUUUCACUGUUAGGAAAAAAAGCAGGAAACAUUUAUUUAACAGUAAAUUCCACAAAAACCACUAAGUAUAGACACAAAAACUGUAAGUAUAAUGUCAUUUCUGUCAGUAAUUAAUUUGUCCACUCUCUAAUUUUGUGCACUCAACUGCCACUUUAACUUUUCCAUCCUUCCAGUCUUAAAACAAGCAGUUAUAGCUGUGUCCUCCACCAAAAGCUGUUCUUAAAGAACUCACUGACAUUAUGCUGCAGAGAAAUUGAGGCUGAGGCAGAGAAGUUACAGGACGUAGUAGACCACCAAAACUGUCCCCAUCAGAUAAACAGCACUUAAAGCUCUCAUCUUUGAGAGAGAGGAGAAAAUCAAGCUCCACUCUUACUUCAGAUCUGAAAGAUCCACAGGUGUUUCUGUCCAUCUUUUCACUGUGAGAAGACAACGGAGAAAAGGAGAAAGUGUGCGCCAGAACAUUAAAAAAAAGUGGACAACUGAGAUGGAGACAUCUGAGACAACUGUUGAUUAUUUGGAUCUUGAGACGCAGUAAAUGCAACCAUUGUCUAAGACUGAACUUUGGAGGUGUGAAAAACUGUCCCUGCAGAAAAGCACGUCUUCUGAAAAGAAGAGAAGCUGUAAUAAAGGUAGGAGGUAGUGGACACACUAAAUAAAUACAUAUAAUACAUUCAGACACAAUCAAAUAAAUGAAGGAUGGACUCUGACUUUUGCACAGUGCUGUAGUUUGUAAACAGGGCAUUCAUUUUCAGAUUACAGCAACCAAGCACACAAUUUCAGCUCAAGCUUCUUUCUGACCUUCAACUAAAUAUCACACACAAAUCUCCGGUAGCCUUCUUCACGUCUUUCUCUCCGCUCUGUUGCUUCUUGUCUUUCAUCUCCUCCCUUGCCUGGUGUGUGUGAAGGAAUAGCGUAGCCUGCAGCUUUACUGAAGCAUCAAUAUUUAUGGGAGCUCUUGUGGUGUCCAGGGAGCUGACCUUGUGUUUUUAAUGGAGUUGGAGCCGUUGGAGCUUCUUUUCUGACCGUGCUGGCCUUUCAUCCACACUGUCCCUGCAGAGAGAGAGGAAAGGAGGGUGGAGAGAAGGAAAGGGGGAGGGAUAGUGGGAGAGGAGGUAAGAGAGAAAAGGAGGGGGAAGAGAGAGCAAGAGACAGCAAGAGCAGUUAGCAGGGUUUAGUCCUUAAUUAUACUGUGGACAAAGUCUAUAUUUUAAGACUAUACUUUUAAUUAUUUUAGUUUAUACAAUGAAUAUUGAGAUAUUUGGAAAAAAAGAGAAACUAGUCGAAAAUGUAAUAAAACUUUUCCCAAAUGGAAAUUAUUAGCCACUUAACUGUGGAAAUUGUGCUUUUCUGAAUGAUGUGAAUGAAAUGCUGUCAAAUAGGGCAGCUUAAAGGGUAAUUCCAUCAAUUUUUUUUUUUUUUAGAAUUUCUGCAUAAUUCAGUCGUAGAGAUGUAAAUAGUCAUUCAGAGUGGUUUAAUAUGAAAUGAAUAAUUGUAGACAAACUAACUCAGAUAUCUUCAUAAUGGUGGAGAUGGGCACCAGGGAUCCUACAAUACAAAUGAAAAUAGUGCCAUUAUAUUUACUCUCAAAAAUGAACCCUCUGUUUUUGAGAUUUUAUAUGUAAUGUUGAUUAUGGUGAAAAAGUAGUAAA